UUCAUCAACAGCCGCCAUUUUGCGCUGGAGAGACCAAGAAGUAUUUCGGAAUUUGUCGUGUAAAUUUGCUGUUUUUUCUUACAUCAUUUUUUCAUAAACUCUACCAUUCCGUAUAUUUUAAAGAGUUAAGUGAAAUCGUGUUAUUAUUUCGGUAAAAUAAGUUCUAAAAAGCAGCAAAAAUCUAGUGAUUUGUUUUCAUUUAUUGUGCUAGUUCCGACGGAAGAUGGUGAGAGGGUCUGUGUAGCUCUUCGAUUCCGAGCUUUGUAAUGGCGAAUACUUGAGUGAGAAAUUUUAAUAUGUGCCUUCAAUGGUCUGAAGGACAUCGAACGAUCGGGAUGUGGGUGAAUUUAAUUUUAGUGGAUCAUAAAUCGCUUUAAAAUGUUAUUUAUUGAAGAUAUAAGACAUAAAAGUGUUAUUUGAAUCGGCGGGCCGAAAUAUUCACGACGGCUUACGUUUAGUAAACAGAGCCAUGGCCGAUCAUCAUGUUGAUGAGCCGCCUAACAAGCGAGCUAAGAUGAUCCGGGACCCUUUUCAGGGUCCCUCAGACACCGCGGUAGAUGGGUUUUCGAACCUUGACAUGUUCGACCUGGAAAAGGACCUCCCAGAUGAGUUGAUGGCGGGGUCCUGGGGCGAGCAACCUGGUGUAACGGGGCCCAAGCCUCCGGCUCAGGGGCCAGGCCCUGGGCCGCAAAUGGCCCCACAGCAGCAACUCAAUGGUGAUGACCCAACUGCAGCUAUGCAUAGACAUAUUAAUAGUCAUCUAAUACAACAAGGCAAUAAGAGUGGUUUAGUUGGCCACAACAAUCCAUUAGGAUUGGGCACACUAGGGAGUAAAAGUCCUAACCUGCAGUCACCUCCCAAUGUCAAUGUGUCCAAAGACUUAAUGGGUAAUUUGCACCCACAGUUAAUGCCAAAUACAAGCCAUCCAAAUCAACUGCAUUCUAACAUGCCCAUGAGUUCCAUCCAAGGUGGAAUGAAUGUAACCAAUGUUGGAGGCAAUAUGAUAGUGACAAAUAGUAACAUGUCAGGUGCUGGGAUGCUUGGCGGUGGGAUAAUUAACAAUGUAAAUAAGCUCUCAACACUUGUAACUAACAACCACCACCCAUCGGCGCCCCACCACCCGCACACGCAAUUGUCACAGGUGAUGCAGAACGGACCCCUUGGUGGGCGGGUAGGUGUGGGCGUGGGCAUGCGUGGCGGGCUACAGCACGUCGGGCGCAUGACGGCGCCAGGGGGCGGCGGUCACCCGUUGGCGCCCUACCACCCCACGUACGCCCAGUCGCCGCCCGCGCGUUGUCCGCCGGGCGUGCGCUUCGGGCCCCCGGACGCGGGCGCGCCGGCGGGCGGCGCCGCGCCCGCUGUGCCCCCCGCGCCCUCCCCGCAGACGCCGGGUGCGCCCGCCGGUGGCCAGUCGCAACCGCAAGCUGCUACACAGUCUGCGGCGCCACCUAGCGGUUCGAUCGCAGAUCCCGAGAAGCGCAAGCUGAUACAGCAACAGUUGGUGCUGCUGCUGCAUGCGCACAAGUGCCAGCGGCGCGAGUCGCAGUCACAGAACGGCGAGACGUGGCAGUGCACAUUGCCGCACUGCAAGACCAUGAAGGGAGUCCUCAACCACAUGAUGUCCUGUCAGGCGGGCAAGAACUGUGCGAUACCUCACUGCUCAUCAUCAAGACAAAUAAUAAAUCAUUGGAAGCACUGUAACAAGAACGACUGUCCAGUCUGUCUGCCUCUGAAACAAGCAGAUAGAAGAAGCAGUACAAUGAACCCAAUAGUUUCGCACGCGACGACUGGUGCCGUUGGGGGCGGGCCGACGGGUGGCGCAGCGGCGGUCGCGGGCACGGGGGGAGCGGGUCCGCUGAGCGCGCCACUGUCGGGCGGCGUGGGGGGUGUGGCGGGC